CUCAUUUUCUGUGUUUGGCCACGGCCCGCAGUAGCGUCGUUUCAAGCGUUCCCGUCCUAUGGCUUAUCCACGGCAGCUAAGUAGCAUGGCUUGUCCAACAGCGGUAGUGAUAAACCAUAAGGUUGGGGGGCGAGAAUUUUGAUCCCCUGGUGCCACACCAAAUAUUUACGUGGAGCAACGUCAGUCUUACAGAAUCUGCCCGAGCCCGAAAAUACUUGAAGCAAAGAGCCAUGCAUGUUCAAAUUCGCGAUCUUCGACAGACUUCCUACAGUCGGACCGUGGGCUUAUGCCGAGCAAAAGGUCCGAUGUGCGGAGAACGGGUCGUGAAUACAGCUCCUUCCCACUCAUUCUGCUCGACAUGGGCAAGGAGUACGAGCUGAUGCUCGUAUCCUAGGACUCUAGUUGACAAAUAUGCAUGAUCACUCUUAGAUUUUGGGUCCGACGAGUUUGGGUGCUGCGCUUUGUAGGGGAACGCAACAGCAAUACUAGGAAGAUAAGUCGGACCAGAGUACAGCAACUCACUAUUCGGGUUGGAAUUCGCGAUUCGAGCGGGCCAGCCCUACUAUUUACUCCACAAAGAGGCAAUGCACUGCACUGCCCUGGUACACGUAGGAGAAUGCUAAUCGUACGCCGUACCCGUAACGGCUGCUACAGGCCGCAGCCGCGGUUCUCACUAGGCAGGAUUUGGCCGCACAUGACAGCGCCAACCUAUGUCCUCUGGCACUCCUCAAGGGAUAACGUCUUUACUAAUGCUUUCAUCCGCAGCUAGCCCCGCCUUCUAAUUUCCUCGGUUUUCUUUGCUCUUGUGGACACACAACUGGGAAGGUCUGUCUGCUUGGCACCAUGUUCAGAACCCAUGCAAUGCAACAAAUUAAACAAGAACCCCUUCAAGUAAUGGACGGGAGGACGGCGUAUAUGUAUAAGAUCUGCGUAUUCUUCUGUUCUCCUAAAACCGAAGCCCUGCUCUCGCAAGGGAGGAAAGGAGAACUGGAUUUGAUCCCAGAUCAGUCCCAACAGCAAAAUGGCGGCAUGCUGGAUUGAUCAGAGUUCAGUUUUCUUUUAACUUAUAACCUUCCCGUUCCGUCUCGCAGUGACCAUCCUGCUGUCCAGACCUUUUCAUUCCUUCGAUUCGGGCUGCGAUAUCUUCCCGGAGGCGUAGCACUUUUGACUUCACUUCGCCCUAGCUUUUCGUACAUUUUGCUUGCGUACGCCUUUACAACAUACGCCGCCCAUCAUGGCCGAUUCUAGUGCCCAGUUGAUACCAGAGGCAAAAGAGUCUCGGAGCCAGCAAGUUGUUAUUAUACAGCUUACCAUGCUUAGUCUCGCCUCCCUCGCCGUCAUUGGCCGUAUCUGGGUCCGUCUCGCACUGGUGAACACCAGGCUUGCCGCAGAUGAUUGGGUUAUCAUGGUAUCGCUGGCUUUCUCAGUCGCCUUUGUCGCUGAUGUUGUAACCCAAACCAAGUAUGGACUUGGCCAACAUGUUGCUGAUCUCCCGAAAGAAACAAACUUUGCCGAGUCCCUUCGGCUCUUCUACUUUGGCGAAGCCAUUUAUUAUAUUACGGUUGGCACGACCAAAGUCGCAAUUUUGUUACUUUAUUUGCGCCUUGCUGUCAAAAAGGGGCUACGAACGCUCAUAUGGGCCACCAUGGGCUUCGUCAUCGCCACAUUUAUUGCCUCUGUUAUAGCCGGCCUGUUUCAGUGCAAUCCAAUUGCAUUCGCAUGGGAUAAAACCAUCGAAGGCGGAACUUGCUUCAACGUCACGGCGCUAUUCUACGCCAACGCCGGACUGAAUAUCUUCCAGGAUGUUUUCAUUUAUAUUUUGCCGAUGCGGAUGCUGUGGGAAAUACAAAUCCCAAGGAAGCAGAAGAUAGCUUUAAUUGCGGUUUUCGCAGUCGGAGGCUUUGUAUGUGUGACUGGAAUGUUGCGAUUAAACUCUUUGAAAACUGCCUCUGUCUCGCAAGAUCCAACUUGGGACAAUUUCGGUUCGGCAAUUUGGUCUGGUAUCGAGUCAAAUAUCGGCAUCGUCUGCGCCUCUCUUCCACAUUUCAAACCACUACUCACUCGCUACUGCCCUGGCUUGAUGGGUGUUCGCAGCACGGCUGCUAUGACUCCUCUUAGCGAUGGUAGGGCGAAGCAGAGCAAUAGUGGAUACAUGACGCCAAACGGAGACGAUAAUUUCCAGUUAGCUCGUGGUAAUGGCCAACGGAUUUUGAAAGGCGGGCCUGGAUAUAGCGUUGCCGUAACUGGAAAGUCUAGAUCGAGUGUCAACAGUAGUGAGGAGUAUAUUCGGGAAACCAACGCCGAGAACAAGCAGCAAGGCAUAUAUAAGAGCACGAAGACCACCUUUAGCCCAGUAUAAUAGGCUACAGUGGGUUAUUGGAAUUGGAUAGAUUAUUUUGGUGGACAAACGAGCUGGCUUGUUUGGGAUGCAUAGGGUAGACCAAAAAUUAUGUCUGCAUUUAGACCGAACUACUUCGGCGUUCAGCGACCUUCCACAUCAACCCCUGGCAGGUUCUCGCCCAGAUAAUUCAAAACGAAUACAGUCAGGAAUCGAGUGUACUUUACGCAAGGAUAUAUAUGUAAAACUGGGGCUUGGAACAGGGUAGAUCUUGUACGAUUGUGGAAAAGAGAAAGCAGUUCGAAAAUAACAACCUCGGUG